AUGAACUUAUCUCUCCGAACACUUGCCCUUCUAUGUCUUGUAUGGACCUGCACCUGGUCUUUGCCAACCAAUCUGGAAGAUCUAUUUCCUGCCGGUCCUGUGCAGCAGCCACCAGCUCCAAGCCAGACGGACUCGUCUACAAGUGUCUCGAACCUCCAGCCAGCUAAUUUGUCUUCUCUUGGAACGCAGAGUCAUAACUUGAGCGAUGGACAGCUAGUGCACGCUUUACCGCCACCGCUCUACCACAUUUUAGCCGGCGUCAGCGACUAUCGUACAGAUGUCGGCGCGUGUGACCUACAAGAAAGAAUCUACGACUAUACGAUGGCCAGACUGGAGAACUUUACAGGCAGCUGUAAAGGAUCUUUCCACACGCAAGAUCUGGAGGUCUCUUUCGAAAUCAAGGGCCAUUGGGGUAUUCUGUACGACCAGUAUGGAGAGAAAGAGCUCGUUAGAGAAGCGACUGUCCGCCGGCUACUCGUGCACGCGAUCGUCGCAGUACUGGAAACCGUCAGUGGUCCAUCGAAUUAUCCAGUAUACACGGAUUGUUCUGAUAAUGGAGUGUACGGCAGCAACCCCUCGACCAUUUACCCGUACUUUUGUUCCGACAAUAGCGUAGCAGAGUGCUCGUCUACUCCGACUGGUUGCGGCUGGAAAGACACGAAGCCAUGUCCACAGACUUGUCGAGAUGUUGCUGCCCCUUGUCACAGAGAGCUGGCUGGCAGGCUGCUACCGUCGGAGCUGACGGUUGUCAUUUACAACAGAGGCAGCCCAACAGCUAACGAACUGACCUUCACCGUCAACUCCAAGAUCAUACACAAAGAACAGCCAUGUUCAAUCUGGCUGCGUAUGGUCUACGUUUCGCUCAACUUCAUUCCGAUGCCAGACAGUUUUAUCAAGUCAAUGCUCUACAUCACUUGUACCAUGCAAGAUCAGGCGCAGUUCAAGCAAGCAAACCCACAGUAA